AUGGGCUCCUUCUCCACCAUCACCGUGAGCCUCCUCCUCUUCCUGGCCCUUCAGCUUCCAGACCAAACAGGCGCCAACCCCGUGUACAAUACCGUGUCCAGUGCAGAUCUGAUGGACUUCAAGAAUCUGCUGGACCAGUUGGAGGAGAAGAUGCCGUUGGAAGAGGAGGCUGUGCCCCCACAAGGCCUGAGCGAGCAGAACGAAGAAGUGGGGGCGGCUCUCAGCUCUCUCCCUGAGGUCCCUCCCUGGACUGGGGAGGCUGGCCCAGUGCAGAGAGAUGGGGGUGCCGUGGGGCGGAGCCUCUGGGACUCCUCCGAGCGCUCUGCCCUCCUGAAGAGCAAGCUGAGGGCAUUGCUGGCUGCCCCUCGGAGCCUGCGGAGGUCCAGCUGCUUCGGAGGCCGGAUGGACAGGAUCGGAGCCCAGAGCGGGCUGGGCUGCAACAGUUUCCGGUAUCGAAGAUAA